GAGUGUGCAUUGUCAUAACUUGUGGAGAGAAUACGUUAACAAACAUUAAAUAGUUUUCGUUGAAAUAUAAAUAUAUAUUUAUAUUAUAGAUUGAUUUGGCUGAUAUUUGAAAGGUUGAUUCAAUUGGGGAUAUGGUAUUUCGAAAAAGGACAGCUGCAAAUGAUCGUGAUGGAGAUGUUGGUCAUAUUAAUAAGAAAAGGAAACAAAGAAUAGAUAAAGAUGAGAAUGAGAUUGAUGAAUUAGAUAAGAUCGUCGAGAAUGGUGGGAAGCUGGAAGAGGAAGAAGAGGAGGAAGAGGAGGAAGAAGAUGAAGAAGUAGCGGAAGAAGAGGAGGAGGAGGAAGAAGAGGAAGAGGAGGAGGAAGAAGAAGAGGAGGAAGAAGUAAAUGCAAAUGUAGAAGAGGAAGCUGAAGGUGAGGAAGAAGAGGAUGAAGAAGAAGAAGAAGAAGAGGAUGAGGAAGAAGAGGAAGAAGAAGUAGAAGCCAAAAAAGAGAAUAAUGUUGAUAAUGUGAAAGAUGAAGAUAAGAAAAGUAAAGUCAAGCUAGAAAGUAAGAAAGAAAAUGGCAAUGAAGAAGAAGGAGAAAAUGGAGAAGAAAAUGGAGAAGAUGAAGAAGAAGAAGAGGAUGAUGACGAUGAUGAAGAUGAAGCUGAAGAAGAAAGGAAAAGAAUAACAACAUUUAAAUUGGAUGACGUAAGCUAUUCAUUUAAAGAAAGACCAUCAGUAAUUGAAGAAAAGGAAGGUAAAAUUGAAUUUAGAGUUGUUAAUAAUGAUAACACAAGAGAAAGUCUUAUUGUAUUAACAGGGUUAAAAAAUAUUUUCCAGAAACAACUUCCCAAAAUGCCUCGAGAAUAUAUUUCUCGAUUAGUUUAUGAUAGAUCACAUUUAUCAAUGGCAGUUGUUCGGAAACCACUUACUGUGGUAGGAGGGAUAACAUAUAGACCAUUUAAUAAUCGUGAAUUUGCUGAAAUUGUGUUUUGUGCUAUUCUGUCGACUGAACAAGUUCGUGGGUAUGGUGCACAUUUAAUGAACCAUCUUAAGGAUUAUGUUCGAGCUACUUCACCUAUUAAAUACUUUUUAACCUAUGCAGAUAAUUAUGCUAUUGGAUACUUUAAAAAGCAGGGCUUUACAAAGGAAAUCACAUUAGAUAAAUCUGUAUGGAUGGGAUAUAUCAAGGAUUAUGAAGGUGGUACACUUAUGCAAUGUUCUAUGUUACCAUCAAUUCUUCGAUAUUUAGAUCUGGGGAAGAUUUUAUUACUUCAAAAGGCAGCAAUUGAAAAAAAAAUCAAACAAAGAUCUAAAUCUCAUGUUGUAAGGCCAGGAUUACAAAUUUUCAAGAAUGCUAAACCAGGUAGUAUUCAAUUAAAUGCAGUUAAAGAUAUACCAGGAUUAGCAGAAAGUGGAUGGCUGGAAGAAAUGGAUAAAUUAGCACAAAAGCCUAAAAGAGGUCCACAUUAUAAUUUCAUGGUUACUUUACUUUCUGAGAUCACAAACCAUCCUUCUGCAUGGCCAUUUGCCACUCCUGUUAAUAAGGAAGAAGUUGGUGAUUAUUAUGAAGUCAUUAAAGAACCAAUGGAUUUAUCUACUAUGGAACUGAAAUUAGAAAAUGAUAAAUAUGAAUCAUUUGAACAAUUUUUAUAUGACGCAAGGUUAAUUUUCAAUAAUUGUCGAUCAUACAAUGCUGAAACUACCACAUACUACAAAAAUGCCACGAAAUUAGAGAAAUUUAUGAAUAAUAAGAUAAAGGAUAGUACUGAAUACGCUCACUUUUUAGAGUAGAGAUCUAACAAGAACAUGAAGGCGGAAAAAAAAAAAAGGAUUUUUAAAAGAUGUCGCAGAUUGUCGUUGUUCGUGCAUACACCAUGGUUUUCCCCAAUUUGGGUUGCCCAACUAAA